GAACACAACUCAAACUCACCGUCCUUUUUCUUGCAUCUGUCUGUCUUCUGCUUUUUCAUCUUUCUUCUUCGCCUUUCAUCCUCACUUCUUCUUUCAACCUUUUUCAGCGCGCAAAGCAACUUGCUUCUCUCUCCUCAAAAUCCCACCAACAGCACCUUAAACAGUAUGGAUGAAGCUUCCGCACAACUUAUCCUGAGUUUGCUCCACCAAGAUGUGCAGGAGGAGAUCGAAGCCUGCAGGACCAGGAACAACAACAGUGAACCAUCCGAUCAUGAACUUGCUCUGCGCGAAUGGGCAUCCCAGAUCCAACAGUGCGCCACGACCACUCAUGAUAAUCAGGUGGCCCUGAGCAUCGAUCGAGCGACCUACGAUGACCGCGUGGCACUCACCUUAGCUGUACAGGAGGAGAGCCUGGCGCUCGCCGACCGAACGCUCGCUCUUCGAUAUGGAAACCAAGCGCGACAAGGCCAGAACCAGCCAGCCCAGCGUCUAGCCACGCAACAGACCCACGAUGCCACCAGAAUCCUGGCACAGAUAGACGGAGCCGACAUCUCCUCGCUGCUACCCGCCCGCACUACAGCUGCUCUCGGAUACGGCGCUGGGUCGUCUUCCAAUACCGCCGCAAAGCCCCCCUUGGAUGGCAAUGGCACGGCUGAGUGUGUUGCGUGCUUGGAGGAACAGUCCCUGAAGAAUGUGAUGCAGACACCGUGCUCGCAUCGGUACUGUAAGGCUUGUGUAUUACGUCUAUUCAGAGAGGCACUGGCCGACGAGUCGCUUCUGCCGCUCCGUUGCUGCCGUCUGCCGAUUCCUCCAUCGACGCUCCAGGAUCAUCUGGGCCAUCGACAGGCCAAGCAGCUGGAGGACAAGUUGAUUGAGAGGGAAGAUCCGUACAGGACCUACUGCUCCAGAGCGGGCUGCGGGCAGUACUUGAUGCCAUAUCAGGUGCAGGGCUACAUCGGCACAUGCAAGAUUUGUCAACAGGAGACUUGCACUCUCUGUAAACGGCCCGCACAUGCAGGGACCGAGUGCGAGAAUGACCAGAUCGAAGAUCAGACUGUUCUGGACCUUGCAGCUGAGCAGGGAUGGCAGCGCUGUGCGCGAUGCAGCCAUGUCAUCGAGUUGGGAACAGGAUGCAACCAUAUCACGUACGAGUUCUGCUAUGUCUGCGGCUCUACCUGGAAACUGUGCACCUGUGCGAUCUGGGAUGAGACAAGGCUGUUGCUCCGAGCUCGACACGUCGCCGGUCGAGAUCGAGCCGACCCCCCACCCGAGCAGGAAGUUCAACUAGUGGCACAGAACCUCCAGGAAGACCACGAAUGUGACCACGACAACUGGAAGCGUGUCGAAGGCGCUCAUCAUGCCGCUUGCUCGCUUGCGCGCGCUGCAGAUUCAAUCGUCUUUAGUCGGUCUCUGCUGCACUGCACUGGAGCGGAUUUCACUACUGGUGAUAAUUUCUAA